UACAAAGUAGCACAGGCUGUUCACAAACAUCGGGGAUACUGGAGUACCGACUGCAGGCUGCGGCCCGGGGAGGGGGGGGAGGACGAAGGCAACUGUGACCCUAGACCCCUGACUUCCACCCGCAAAGACUUUACCAAGAAAGAAAAUAUCGUUUUUAUGUGAAUUGUGCCCCGCCGCGCGCGCUUGAGAAGUGAACUGGAGAGAGAUCUUCGAUACGUUUUUCUCCUACAUUUCCAGAUUUAAAUGUUCAACUUCAUGGGUCUAAUAAACGGUACAGCGGCCAUCCAGACCAAUGUAUCCUGUACAUGUAACUGCAAACGCUCGACUUCAUUCCAAAGCAUGGAGAUCACCCAGUUGGAGUUUGUGCAGAUCCUGGUGAUCGUGGUGGUGAUGAUGGUGAUGGUGGUGGUAAUCACCUGCCUGCUCAACCACUACCGCCUGUCUGCACGCUCCUUCAUCUCCAGGCACAGCCAGGCCCGCAGGCGCCACCUACCACUGGCCUCCGAUGGGAGUCUGUGGUCCUCAGAUGGCCCAGGGUCCUCCAGUGGAAUGAGCGAGCAGCAGGUGUACACCCCACGGCCCCCGGACCGCGGCCCCUCCUACCUGCAGAGGGAGCGUCUGGCCCGCUUCCAGCCCACCUACCCCUACCUGCCCCACGCCAUCAUUGACCUGCCGCCCACCAUAUCGCUGUCGGACGGCGAGGAGCCCCCGCCCUACCAGGGCACCUGCACCCUGCAGCUUCGCGACCCCGAGCAGCAGCUGGAGCUUAACAGGGAGUCGGUGCGCGCGCCCCCCAACCGCACCGUCUACGACAGCCACCUCCUCGAUACCUCCCUGUGCCCGCCGCCCAGCCUCAACGCGGGAGUCAGUGCUACCACGGUAGCCACGGCCGCACAGGCCUACUCCAGCCGAGUGGAAGGGGCGCCGCCGACUUAUAGUGAGGUGAUUGGGCACUACUACCACCCCUCUUCCCUGCCCAGGCACCACCACCAGACUUCCAGUGGCGGUGGGGGCACGGGGGGCGGAGGCGGGUUAGGAGGCCCGGGUCCCUCGCUGCUCCACGGGAUACUCCAGCAGGCCCACCUGGGCAGCCUGGAGAGCAGGAACGCACGCAACAAAAAGGAGAAGCAGAAGCCUCGGCAGGUGUGACGACAGUGUUGGUGUCGGCCGUUAUUUCUUUCUCUGCGCACUUCAGCUGAACUGUUGGUGUCAGGCAGGGUUGGGGAGGGGAGGGUGACAUGGGGUGGCAGGGGGAGGCAGACGCAAAAAAAAAAGGACUGCCUCCCCUCUGAACUUUACCCCCCUCCCCCAGUCACCGUCUUACUGACAACCGUCGCCCUUGACUUACUUUGUAUAAAUAUUUACUUGUUCUUUGUUGUCUCCGUGCUUACAGCUUUUUUUCUAGACUGACAAAUGCGAAAACAAAAAAAAGUUGCAUUUUUAUUUUCAUUUUGUAUUUAGGUUUAUUUUGUUUUUGUAUCCCUUUUGCAUCAUUUCUAGUCACUUAUCUCCUUGUAGUUUAUCCUUAGUUGCUCCGAGAGUCUUUUAGAAUGACCAGGUCUUCCUUUUUUUUAGGUGCAGAUGGUUCUUUUAGUGAGCUGCCCCGUAACCCCGUCUGGCUUUGUGUACUGUCCGUGUACAGGCUUGUACAGUGCAUUGAUAGCAAUCUUGUAACAGGUUGCCAGAUUCAGGCUCUCACGGGUUGCCAGAUUGAAGCUCAUAUGUUAGCCCUUGUUAGCCUCUCAGCUCAUGACCCAGUUAGCCACAGUGCCGACAUACCCCCGUUGCUCCUCAUCAAUCCGCAUCAGAGGGUGAGUAAGCUUAGCGAUGUGGUGGUCAGCGUUGGCAUCCAUGGAAACGCAUGAUUGGCAGCUGACUGGGUCUGUGUGUAUCAACAUGAGCACUGGAAUAGAGAGUCCUGAGUCGAGGUCAAUUGAGUUCAGUACUUUGCCCACUAUAGUGCUAUAUGGCCAUCUUGCUGUACUAUCUGGACCCAUCUGAGUUUAGUACUGUACUUUGGGUCUUGUCCAGUCGAGUUUAGUACUGUCUUUGGGUCUUUGGCCAGACAAGUUCAGGAGUUCCUGUGUGCAAAUGCUCUUAAUUUCUUUCCGGAUCUUUUUUAAAGAGAUGUUUGCACAAGAUUCAAGACUGUUUAUCUGGAGAAAAAGAAAAGAAGUCUGCAAUAUGUAUCAUAAGAGAGGAGAGUGUGAGCAGGGGUAUUUUUGUAAACAUGGAUACUAAAGAGAAAAAUAAAAGUGAAAACGGUCAUCUGUUGGGCUGCCAACUCAAAUGUGUUUAACCAUGUGCCAUCUAUACAUAUACAUCCAUAUGUAGAUGUAUCACUGUAUGUGUGUAAAUGGCAUAUAAACACACAUAUGGAAAUGGUCAAACAAACUUAAAAAGCACGAUUUUAGAGUUAUUUAUAUAAUUGUUGAAAAUAAUUGCACUAUUUUUUUAUAUAACGAAAUGGAACGAGAGAAAAAAAGAGACCUGGAGUUUUGCGUGCAUGUGUGAUCUUGAGUGACAGAGCCCUUAACCUUUCAACCCCCAACUUUGAACUCUAGUUCAGGUUUAUUAUCUGCAGAUACCCAAGAUGUCUGACCAGAAGUAGGGUGAAGUUGCUCCUAGACGCUGAUCUUGGGUCAGUUUUGCGUUUUCCCCACUAAUGGUUAAGGUUAGGAUUGGGAAAGGGAAGCUGAUCCUAGAUCUGUACCUAGGGGAAACUUCACCCAUUCCAGAGCAUCUGACCACUAUUUCAUGGGACUGCAGCGUACAGUAGCCUACUACACAGAACUGCAGUACUGUAGGGCCAAAAUCUGACUUAAAACAUUUUGUGCGUGACUUUCAAAUUGAUCUGCUAUUGAUUUUAGGCAAACGUUAGAGUUAAAGUCGCAGAUUUUAAUUCAGAUUCCGCUCGUAGGCCCUAUUCCAUAGGCUUAACUCUCUUUCACCUUUCUAGGCCUUUAGAAAGUCAAAAACUCCAUUGACCUCAAUUACCUAUUAUCUCUCAAGAUGUAUUUGUCAAAUCGUUGAUUUUGACAAACUACCUCAACAAGCAACACGUCAAGCACAUAGUGUCGCCUACCUUCAGAUAUUUUCAUGUUUAGUGCCCAUAUUGAAUUUCAACUCAUGGAUAUUUUGUUUUUAAUGCAAGCCUCCAUCAUGUGUAGGUUUGGAACAGAAAGAGAUUAAUCAUGAAACUGAAGUUGGAGUGGUGACCUUCACCACUUCCCGCUAAGCCUUGUAUCUGAUUGUCAGGCCUUUGAAGCGGCCAGGUGUGAGAGAGAGAGAGAGAGAGAGAGAGUGCUCUGUCUAUAGAGAGCAUGACUGAGCGUUUAGCAGGCAACUGUACGCUGCACACAUCCUCCUACCGUCUGGGCUUUUCUCCAGCAGGCAUCUCUUAGCACUUUAAUGAAGAAGGAGAGAGAUGCAAUCUCCUUCAGUCAGCAUUGGUCUCACUUCUAUAUUGAUAUUAUGCAACUGCUCCCUCUGAGGUGAGACUCAAACUGCAAGGGGGCCCAACUUAAGAUGGUAUCACAGCAAAGAAGGGAGAGGUGUAUGUGACAAUAAUAAAAUAGAAAUUGCCAGUCAAAAGUUUGGACACACCUACGCAUUC